AUGGCGCAUCACAUGCAAGCCAAUAGUCAAGUAGUUGGUUCUAAAACCCGUCGAGAACAAAAUGACGGCAAGUUCUCGUAUCACAGUAUUCCACUUUGUCCCAGUGGACAUCCUCAUUCUGGACAUAUUUUGAAUAGUUUGAUAAAAGACGUUAUCAAACGUUAUAAUUAUCAAAAGAAUCUACGAGUAGAAAACUCCUUCCGUUGGAAUGAUCAUGGUUUAUCCAUUCAAUAUGAAGUGGACAAGAAUCUAGGAAUUACACUUCCUUGGGAUUCACAAAAAGUUGAUAUUAAACUUUAUAAUGAUCAAUGUAAAGUGUUGGCAGAGGAACACACUGCCAAGUGGAAUUCAAUCUUUGAAAGACUUGGACACUGCUUUGAUUCCACAAAACAAUACAAAACUUCAGACACUAGAUACAUGGAAGGUGUCUGGAAAGUAUUUAAAAAGCUCUAUGAUAAAGGUCUUGUCUACGAAGACUCAAAAACUCUUCCUUACUCAACUGGUUGCCAUACCCAUUUGUCCCAAUUUGAAGCUUAUCAGAACAUAAAAGAAACUUCUGAAAUUGGUUAUACAAUCACCUUGGGCAUGGUUGGUUCUAGUCACAAACUCCUAAUCUGGAGUAGCAAUCCCUUGACUUUAAACUUCAAUUCGCAUUUCUCUGUGAAUCCAAAUGAUUCCUAUGUUAAAGUCAAGGUCAAGGAACAAAUUUGCAUUGUUUCCAAGAAUUCUCUUGAUUUUGUUUUUAAAAAUUCAUCCGAAUAUACUGUCCUUGAGGAAGUGGAAGGUAAAUCAUUUGAAAUGAUUCCUCUAAGUAAUCCACAUAUUCUCAAUACUCGAGAAGUCAAAUAUAAGAAACCGCAUUGCGUUCAGACAGGAACUCCACUCAUCGACAAACGAGUUGAUUCUUGGUUUGUUCGAGUUGAAGGUUUAGCUGAAGAGUUGGUAAAAAACAUCUCGUUGGUCAAUUGGUUCCCAGAGUCCUCAAAAGAGGAUCUAAUAAACUGGCUUAGGGAACACCCUGAAGAUUGGCCUGUCAGUCAAAAUCGAAAUUGGGGUACUCCACUUCCCAUAUGGACAUCAGCAUCAGGUGAUGAAAUUGUUUGUAUUGGAAGUCUCGUAGAACUUAAGACACUAUCAGGAAAGAGAGCUAUAAAGGACUUACAUAGAGAAUCUAUCGAUUUAAUUCGAAUUCCAUCGAAAACUCCUGGAAACCCUGCUCUUCGUAGAAUUGCUGAUGUCUUUGAUGGUUGGUUUGAGUCAAGCGUAUUGCCAUUUAUUUGGAAACGGUCGGAGCAAGCCGACUUGGUUGCGGAAAGCAUCGACCAUAUAAAAGGAUGGUUCUAUACAAUGUUGUUAAUGGCAACUGCUUUGUCAGAGCCUCUACCAUUUCGGAAUGUAUUAGCUCAUGGAAUGACUUUAGAACCAAAUGGAUCAAAGGUGAACAGACGUAAACACAAUCAUAAUGAUCCGAUGAGAUUGUAUGAUAAAUAUGGAGCUGAUGCCUUGAGACUUUAUCUACUAAGUCACUCGGAUUCGAAUUUCAUCGUUGAAGAGGAAGGAGUUGCUCAGAUGACAGAGACAAUCAUUCAACCACUUUAUAGAAUUUUCUAUAAAUGUAUGAGUCAAAUGGGAUCUCCUGAUUGGAUCAACUACGGUUACAUUACAGACUGGACUUAUAGUGAACGAGAUCCUGUUGAUCAAUGGAUUCUAUCUUUAACAGAUUCUCUUUUAAAAACAUACAUCGAAGAAAUGAAUUCAUAUCGAAUCAAUACCAUCCUGCCGAAGGUGAUAGAGUUAAUUAAAACAUUGGAAGAAUGGUACAUUCCAUUACGUUGUCCAGAACCAUUUCGAGGAGAUAAAGAAACUUAUUCAAAUACUUUGUCAAUAGAUCGAAGUACGACAAUGUUGUUUAAUGUGAUUUAUAGAAUAAGUCUAGUUUUAGCUCCAUUUGCUCCAUUCUUGACAGAGUUUAUUUUCCAAAUUCAUAGAAAAUGGAUGGUUUUUUAUCGUCGACCAGAAUCGUUGCAUGGAGCUCAGAUUUUAACGCCUGAUGAACGUCUUAUGAAACCAGAUUUAGAGCUAAAUAUUGAGCGAAUGCAAAAUAUAGUAAAAAUCGUACAGCUUCUUAGGGGGCAAUAUAUGAUUCCUUUUGGAUAUCAGAUCAAAGAAGUUAUUGUUAUUCAUCACAGUGAAGGCUUUCGGCAAGGAAUUGUUUAUGUUAAAGAAUCAUUUAAGAAGUUACUAAAUACACGAGCUAUAGAAGUUUCAGAUGAUUAUCGGCAGUUUGAAGCUACUUUAAAAGUUGAUCUGAAAGAAAGUGCAUUUUCAAAGAAGAAACAAACUAUCUUGAACGAAAUGAACGAAGAAAAAUUGAAUGAACUGAUGAAAGGAGAUUCUGAGGAAGGGAUUAAAUUGGAAAACCUUGAAAUCUCUUAUGAAAUUACAAAGAAAAUCAAUACCAACUAUGUAAUUCAUUCUAGUGGAGAUUUUCUUGUAGUCAUAAAAAUGAACAAGCCAUUAUUUUUCUAUGAAGAAGGAACAAUGAAAGCACUAAUCCAUCAGAUUUGUAAUUUGAAAAAGAAGAAAAACUAUUAUCCAAGUGAUUGUGUUGUUAUUUAUUAUUCAACGGAAGAUGAGUGCCUUAAGAAUGUGAUAGCCAAGCAUGGUAAACAUUUAAAUCAAACUGCUAAUUGUGAUUUAAAAAUGAAGGAUGUAGAUGAGACUGCAAUUAAGGAUGGAAGAUGUCUUGAAGAACUAAUUCUUGUGAAGGGGAGUACCAUCAAAAUGUAUUUAGAUGUUAAAUGUGAAGAAAAUAAAAUUUAA